AAGAGAGCGGGAAAUUAGACAAUUCUGGACUUUUACCACAAGCGAGGAAUACUAGGCCACAAAGUACUGUAGUUCACUAAUGGGAUGCAGGGAAGUUGUAACAACUGGUGAAAUUCUUUGGAAUGAUUUUUAUUUUUUUUUUCCCCCUGAAGUUUCUAGGGAUGGUUAUAAAUCUUUCGUGGCUGGAAUCCAUUAAAUGUUUUUGAUAACUAAUGCUACAAAAAAUGACAGCUGAUUUUUAAUAUUGGGUAUGUGAUCAAAUGGGUUUAAGACAGAGUUGGCAAAAAUGACAAUUGUAGCCAUUUGGAGUCCUUUUGAUGCUGUGUGAUUUUGUAAUUGAAGUGUUGACAGAGUUUGUGCAGAAGCCAAGUAUGUGAGAGGUCUGGGCGGACCAGGAGGUGAGACGUUAACCUCUCUGACCUCAUAAGAAGGCGAUUUGGGCUUCGAGUGAGGAAUCUAAGUUAAAGGUCCAACAUGAGAGGACGCUUGGUGUUCCAGUGUGUGCUGAUCCUGUGGCUGGCCCAGAGCGCGCAUACUGGCAGUUAUGGUGCUGGAGUGUCUGGAGUACCCACUAGCCGUGAAGCACACUUUAAUGGAAAGAGAGCACACAAUGGUGGAGGCGCUGGAAGAAGGCUGAUUCCAUUGAAAGGUGUCGGUUCACCAAUGGGUGCGCAGAAUGGCUACGGUGGCUACCCCAAUAAAGGAGUAGGCAAUGGAUUAGCUGCUGGAAUGGCCAAUGGAGCAGGAAAGAAAGGCUACAGUGCGGCAAAUGGUGCAGCGCGAGCUCAGGGAGGGUGGCCACAAGGAUAUGACGGUCAUGCUGCUCCCACCAACCAACAUCCAAUGAGAGGCAACGGCUACAGCUAUCACGCUGGCGUAUUUGGUGCACAAGGAAAUAAAGGCAAUGGUUAUGGAGGUCCUCCUGCUGGACCCCAGAGUGGAAACAAAGGUUACGGUGGUGCUCUUGGUGGAAAGGGAGCCAAGCCAAAUGGCCUGGCGGGUGCUGGACGUAAACCCAUGAAAGGAUACGGCCAGCCAUAUUAUGGAGCAGGUGUGGGAGUGUCUCAAAUUCAAGGGGUUCCCCAGCUUGCCAGGAACCAGGGCAAGGCCUACGGCUAUAACGGUUAUGGUACACAACCAACGGGUGGCUCCACUGGUGGUUAUGGAAUGGGUCUGGGACCACGUUAUGGAAGUGGAGGAAUGAAAGGACCCAAACCAGGAUACGGCGGUGCAGCGGGUGUACCCAACAGACAAGGUGCUGUCCCCAAUGGUCAUGGUGGCACCAAGUGUCCUGUAAAACCGGGUUAUGGAAUUGGAGCUGUUCCCAAUGGAUAUGGAGCCAAACCUAAUGGUUAUGGAGCUGGUGGCACGAAAGGAUAUGGUCCUGGAACUGGAAAUGGUGCAGCACUUGGAGGAUUUGGAAAUAAACUUAGUGGAUAUGGAUGGCUAGGUGCACACUCGCCCCCUCAGACCACUAAAGGCGUUGGGCCGAUGUUACCUGGCCAAGGCUUUGGUGGUUUUGCUGGCAUACCAAAUCAACCAGCUCAAGCACCAAACUCUAGAUUUGUCCAGAGGCCGUAUGGUAACGGUCCGAAGAUCCCAGGUGCGCCUAAUGGCAAAGGUCUUAAAGGUGGUGUUCUUUCACCUCAGCAACCAGGCUCAGCUCCCUGGGAGGGCGCCUCACCUCAACGACCAAUCAUCGAAGGUGACUCUCUUCCGGCGCCUGAGCCCACCAGUGGCCGCCUUGUUCUGGUGACCCAAGACCAGUACCAGAAGCUGCCCUCACCUGUGCCGCAGGGGAAACUCUACAUGCAGCCCAUGCCGCAGGCUACACCGGUUUAUGCACCGGUUUUCCCUCAGGGUAAACAGCCCAAGCUUGGUCAUAAAGACUCUUCAGGGUCAGCACCCAUGAGACCACUUGACAAAAGUCUGAAGGCCCCUUCCUAUGAAGUUGGACCAGCAGGAGAGACUCCUGCAGCCCUUCCUCAAGGCAAGUAUCAAGAGGUCUUACACGUCAUAAGUCAGUCUCAAGUCUUGACCUUUUAA